UAUCCAUCUCUUAUUGGUCUGAACGGAAAGCAAGAAGAGAGAAGGAGAGUCACAUGGUUCGGUUUUAAUCCGAGAAUUGUGGCAUCCAGUGAGUAGUGACUUGCACUGCACGUCUUUGCCACUAAAUGGCACUGGUGGGUAAGGUGUGGAUUCACCUACAAAGGGAUUGACAGAAGAAAACAAACAAUUCAAAAAGACUGGAUGCUUCAUUCUUCAUGUAGAGCAUAUAAACACACCAAGGUGGAGAAAAACCAGCAUCCGGAUUAACUGUUUGGUAUUUUGUGCAAACUCAUGGUGCUGAACUGCUGAGAGGAGAGGGAGAGUCUAAUGUCUCAGUUCCAGCAGCCUCCCUCCACCUCUGCCAGCAAACAUCUGCAGCCGAAGAGAUGGGACUCUAAUCCAGAGGGGAGUUCUUCAUGACUUGGAGAUCAGACCUCAUGGGCCGCCACGUCAAAACAAUCUGAAAGAGUCAUCCUGAAUUAAACUCCAGCUGGAGAACUUUUGGAUUCACAAUCUCCUACAGGCUGAGAGCUGCCUCAAACCUGCUGUGAUGUCCCAGUGCCGGUGCAGGCAGGUCCUGCUCCGUGCAGAAGUGAGCGUGCUGGUGGUGGUUCUGGUGGCUGGCAGCGCUGCACAGCUCUCUGAGAGAGGGGAGUCUGGAUCUUCCUGCUACGGAGGAUUCGACCUCUACUUUGUGUUGGACAAAUCGGGCAGUGUGCAGCACUACUGGAAUGAAAUAUUUUACUUUGUGGAUCAUCUGGCCCACAAGUUCAUCAGUCCUCAGCUGCAGAUGUCUUUCAUAGUUUUUUCAACGGAAGGGAGGAUCCUCAUGCCUCUUACAGAGGACAGAGAUCAGAUUCGAGACGGCCUGGAGGAGCUGCGGAUGGUGCAGCCAGGUGGGGACACUUUCAUGGACCAAGGAUUUCAAAAAGCCAGUCAACAAAUCUACUACAGGAGUGGAGACGGUUACCGGACAGCCAGUGUGAUCAUCGCCCUGACAGACGGGGAGCUGAGAGAAAACCAGUUUGACCUGGCGCAGAGAGAGGCCAGCAGAGCACGCCAACUGGGUGCCACUGUGUACUGUGUGGGAGUCAAAGACUUCAACGAAACACAGCUUUCUACUAUCGCUGACAGUAAAGACCACGUCUUCCCUGUGAAUGAUGGAUUUCAAGCACUGCAAGGGGUCAUUGACUCGAUCUUGAAAAGAUCGUGCAUUGAGAUCCUGGCAGUGGAGCCUUCCAGUAUCUGUGAAGGAGAAAACUUCCAGGUGGUUGUCAAGGGAAACGGUUUUCUUCACACCAGAGAUGUACAGAAGGUUCUCUGCAGCUUCCGCAUCAAUGACUCUGUUACUCUGACGAAGAGGCCUCUAGUAGUUGAAGACACUUAUCUUCUUUGUCCAGCUCCUGUUCUGGAAAAAUAUGGAAUGUCGGCGGCUCUCCACGUCAGCAUGAACAACGGGCUCAGCUUCGUAUCAAGCUCUGUCACAAUCACUGCCGUCACGUGUUCUAAUGGGAUGUUUGUGGCCAUCGCGCUGCUCCUCCUGCUCCUCCUGCUGACCUUUGCUCUGCUCUGGUGGUUCUGGCCUCUCUGCUGCACUGUGGUCAUUCAUGAGCCACCCCCUCCUGUAAUGGAGGACAUUUCUGAUGAUGAGGAUGGCUAUCCUCGGAAAAGGUGGCCCACAGUGGAUGCGUCGUACUAUGGAGGGCGUGGAGUCGGAGGUAUCAAGAGAAUGGAGGUCCGUUGGGGAGAUAAAGGUUCAACAGAGGAAGGAGCUAAGUUGGAAAAAGCUAAAAAUGCUCGAGUCGUGAUGCCCGCCCAGGAGUUUGACCCACCCCCCCCACGGCAGCACUACCACACCCACAAAUCAUUUCGCCCACAGAAGUGGUACUCCCCUAUCAAGGGAAAGCUGGAUGCUCUGUGUGUUUUCCUGAGAAAAGGAUACGACAGGGUGUCAGUCAUGCGACCUCAACCUGGAGAGAAGGGCAGGUGCAUCAAUUUUACCCGGAGUCAGUCCUACCCGGAGCCCCGGUACCCCACCUACAACCAUCCCUCCACACCUGUCUACACUUUGCCUCACACGUACCCCCGCCGUGACUCAGAGGACAGCCAGAUUCUCCAUCUUCCCCCCUCGCCGCUGUCGACCUUGCCUCCUCUGCCCUCCACUCCUCCCCCGUCCUCCAGCAGCUCCUCCACGGACACGCCUCCACCACCAAACAGAGCCCUGCCUUUAGCCAACCCUGUUCCCCCUUCUCCCACCGGGUCACUCCCACCUCCACCUACACGACCUCCUCCACGCCCCAACCAUGAGACCCGCUCAUGAUUAAAAGAGGUCUUUUACAAAUGAAACCUAAGAGAAAGAGUGACAACGACUUUGUUCAUAUGAUGUGCCUUAACCUCUGACUCGAAGUACAGUUUUUGUUUGGAUAUUAAAGCAAAGUGACAGUGGGCUACAAACUUUCAUUUGAACUUUUAUGUGAAAGUCGGCAACAGAAAAGAACAGACAACUUGCACAACAAAUCUUUAGAAGAGUGCUACACUGUUUUCAGAUCUUUUUUUUAAUGCAAACCUUGAUUUUUCAUGAAAAUAUUGAGCGAGCUUUAUUACUUGAUACUUCAAAACUCCUACUCACCUUUAAGCUGAGCUCGAGCUGAAUAUUCACCUGCACACACACAAAAAAGAAUUUUCUGCAUUUCACUGCAGAUAUUUGUCACAAGAAUUGCUUCAAACACAGAAAGCUGUUCACUAAAUGUUGUUUGUAAAAAAAAAAAAUUUGAAAAAG